UAAAGUCUUUUGUAGCAAAUAUCUAAAUAAAUAUUAUAAGUCCAUCAAUUUUUAGUAUUUACACUUUGUGAGUUAGUAGUAAUAAUGCCGGAAGUCAGUGUAAAAGAAGCGGAGCGUUUUAUGGUGGAAAGUCUAGUAGCAGGUGGAGCUCCCUUGUCUGAGGCGAAGGCUCAUGCUGAUUUGCUUCUGCAUGCUGAUUUUGUCGGACAUUUUAGCCAUGGAAUGAAUAGACUUGAAGUCUACAUAAACAACAUUAAAUCAGGAAUAUGUAAUCCCAACGUGAAGCCAGUUGUGCUAAAGGAAACAGCGGCGACUGCGUGGGUUGAUGGAUGUGACGGACUUGGAGCUACCGUCGGAAAUUUCUGCAUGAACCUGGCAAUCAAAAAGGCGAAGGAAUGUGGAAUAGGAUGGGUUGCUGCCAAACGUUGUAAUCAUUACGGAAUGGCGGGCUAUUGGGCGCUGAAAGCUGAGAAAGAAGGUCUUAUUGGUAUGUCUUUCACCAAUUCCUCACCAGUUAUGGUACCCACAAGAGCUAAACAGAGCGCUAAUGGAACGAAUCCUAUUGCAAUGGCUGCACCAGCUACUGGUGGAGAUUCUAUUGUCGUUGAUAUGGCGUCAACAACAGCUGCUGUGGGAAAGAUUGAAGUUCAAAUUCGAAAAGGAGAACCCAUUCCAGAGGGUUGGGCUUUAGGACCAGAUGGUAAAACUACAACCGACUCACAAUUGGCGUUCGACACAGCUCGGCUUCUUCCAUUGGGUGGAUUUGAAGAAACAAGCGGCUAUAAAGGAUACUGUCUGAGUGCAAUGGUCGAAGUAUUCUGUAGUGGACUUUCUGGUUCCCAAAGCACUCAUAACAUACCAUCAUGGUCACACAAUCAAAGCGAGGCUCCUAAUCUUGGCCAAUGUUUUGUGGCUAUGGACCCGGGGUGCUUCGCGCCUGGCUUCGAACAGAGAGUAGCUGAAUGUCUCCAACAUUGGAGGAAUCUGGAGCCGGUCGAUCCAUCGUUACCUGUCCUAGCUCCAGGUGAUAAAGAAAGAAACAACGCUAAGACAACCAAUGAAAGAGGUACCAUUAUCUACCCUCAGUCACAAGUGGAGUUCUACCAGCGUUUGGCAGCAAGAAUUGGCGUUCGACCAUUGGAAGUAGUCAAUACACAAUGUUCAAAAUAAACUAUCAAAUUUUUU